AGGACGUGUCGGGUUUCCUCGUUUUCCUCUCAAUAAUUUGCUGUUUAUAUCCCGUAUUCGGUGCUGAUGUCGACAAACAGGGAUACAUUCUGUUCUGUCCAUGUAUGGGUCGGUUUGGUAACCAAGCCGAUCACUACUUGGGGGCACUCUCGUUUGCCCGUGCAGUAAAUAGAACUUUGGUGCUACCUCCCUUCGUCGAGUAUCGACCUGGAAGCUAUAAAUCUGUCCAAGUGCCUUUCAAAACUUACUUUGAAGUGGAUCCAAUAAAACAGUAUCAUCGCGUUAUAACGAUGGAAGAUUUUAUGUCGGAGCUUGCUCCAAGUAUAUGGCCAGCCGGCCAACGGACAGCAUAUUGUUAUUAUCCGCGCCAUGGUCCAACCAAGGGAGACUGCAAUGCCAAAGACGGCAAUCCGUUUGGCCCAUUUUGGGAUACGUACAGUAUUGACUUUGAAAAGUCAGAGUUCUACCAACCAUUACAGUUUGAUGCCAAAAACCCUCGACAAAUGCAAAAGUGGUUAAGAAAAUACCCUGCAGAGCAUCAUCUCGUGCUGGCGUUCGUUGGUGCACCAGCAAACUUCCCCAUCUCCGAGGAUGAUUGGCAACUACAGCAGUAUUUGAUAUGGAAUGAGAAAAUCACCAAGCAAGGUGAUAAAUUUAUACAAGAAUAUAUCCCCGAAGGACCAUGGAUUGGGAUUCAUCUUCGCAAUGGUGUUGAUUGGGAAAGAACAUGCGAACACAUCAACGACCGAAUCCCAAAUAUGUUUGCCUCCCCGCAGUGUAUUGGUCAUCAUCCCAAACCGGGCACGCUCACUCAGGAAAUGUGCUUCCCUACAACAAAGACUAUCUUGUAUCAAGUCAAAGAGUUAGCCAAGAAGACACAAGCAAAGACGCUAUUCGUUGCGGCGGAUUCGAAUCACAUGAUUCCAGAGUUUGAAAAAUAUCUAAAAUCAUUAAAAAUUAAGGUAAUCCGCUACGAGCCCUCCAGCCCUCACCUCGAUCUCUACCUUCUCGCCCAAGCAGACCAUUUCAUCGCGAACUGCGUAUCGACGUUCUCAAGUUUUGCCAAAAGGGAGCGUGAUAUCAACGGAAGAGCAUCAUCGUUCUGGGCCUAUCCUCAUCCUUCAAAAGAGAAAUCAAAACCCGUCCAAGAUCAUGAUGAAUUUUGAAGUUUUUUAUGAGAAUCUCAAAUUAUAUUUUUUCCUGGGUUUCUUUCCUUUGAUGACUGUUAUACUCUCACUAGAAGUAAUAUCACAGCUGAUCUAACGAGUCCUUGUGAUGUUUUUAGUACCAGUAAUGUACUUAUCAUAAAGGUUUUUGUUGCAAUAUUGUUGUAGAUAAUAUUUUAUGUGGAGAUGGGCAGGGUAUGGGUUGAAAUAUAUCUUCCUAGGAUGAUUGGGUAUGUUGAAGAUACGUUAUUUGUAUGGCUUUAUUUACUUGUGUUUUUGCUAUAAAACAAUGACUUACUUACUUACAUUACUUUGGAUGACAUUUUGUCAAUUUAAGACAUUUAAUUAUUGAUUUGUACACUCAGAUGUAUACAUAUGUUGUCCUGGUGACUGAUUCACCGUACCUCUGGUAUCAAAACCUUUUCAGGCCGGCACUAUAAACAGAGAACUCUUUUAUAAUUGUCAAAACCUACCCAGUAAAAACACCAAAGUAAUUGAAUUG